AAAUGCGGUUUACGCGAAGCGGUGGUUCUCGCUAAGCAUCCUUAUCCACGGCUCCGCGGUUACUUGCCCAAUCUAAAAAUCGGCGCUCUGUGUAGGGUAGGGUUGUGUGUGACUGCUGGCUUUGAACGCUACGGGUUAGGAAGAAGUAGUUGGGGCCCAGGUGCCUUUCACCAGCAACAACCAACUUAUAGCCGGACACGAUGAGCGUUGCCAAAGCCACUGGAGCCAAGAAGACUGUUGAGAAGGGUGUUCACAACAAGUUGGUGCGCAAGGUCCGUACCUCUGCCACCUUCCACCGUCCCAACACCCUUCGUCUUGCUCGCAAGCCCAAGUACGCCCGCAAGAGUGUGAACCAUGCCACCCGUUUGGAUGAGUUCAAGAUCAUUGUCAGUCCCGUCAACACCGAGUCUGCUAUGAAGAAGAUCGAGGACGACAACACUCUUGUCUUCACUUGCCACCUCAAGGCCAACAAGCACACCAUCAAGGCUGCUGUUAAGAAGUUGUACGACGUUGAGGCUGUUAAGGUCAACACCCUCAUCCGUCCCAACGGUACCAAGAAGGCUUACGUCAAGCUCUCUGCUGACGCUGAUGCCCUUGACGUUGCCAACAGAAUUGGUUUCCUUUAAAUAAUAAGAAAUAUUAUUUACUGGUGAAGAGUGUAACAGCGUGCUGGAUGUUUUGGUAGUGUGGGUUUAAGGUUUC